AUGAAGCCUCAACCUCGAUUAUCAUCUCACCAUCAGCAGCAGACGCAGUCGGCAAUAACAUCUGCAACAACGACGCCUGCUACUCCCGCUCCAGGGGAGGUUGGCUUUGAUGGUAAGAUGUUACGAAAAGCAAUGGCACGAAAAACAGUAGACUACAAUCCUUCAGUCAUUCGAUAUCUCGAAAAUGCUGUGUGGCAACGAAAUUCUACUGAUAUUCGAGCCAUACAGCCAGACGUUUUAUAUAUCCCCCAUUUGGUACCUCCACAUAGUUUACUCACAAAUCCUGUUAAUUGUGUUAUGACGAAAUUUAUUCGACCAGCCACAAAUAAAAACCGUUGUCCAAUUUUUUGUGUUUGUUGGACGCCCGAUGGAAGAAGAUUGAUUACCGGAGCUUCAAGUGGUGAAUUUACUUUAUGGAAUGGUUUGACGUUCAAUUUUGAAACAAUUCUGCAAGCACAUGAUUCAGCUGUGCGAGCAAUGAUAUGGUCAAAUAAUGAACAAUGGAUGUUAACUGGCGACCAUAAUGGUUUUGUUAAAUACUGGCAAUCGAAUAUGAAUAAUGUGAAAGUAUAUCAAGCACAUUCGGAUCCUAUACGUGGAUUAACGUUUUCACCGAAUGAUACAAAAUUUGCUACUUGUUCAGAUGAUAGUUUUAUUCGUAUCUUUGAUUUCAUGACCGGUCAAGAAGAACGUGAAUUACGCGGUCAUGGUUGUGAUGUCAAAUGUGUCGAUUGGCAUCCACACAAAGGAUUACUUAUCUCCGGGAGUAAAGAUUCACAACAACCAAUUAUAUUAUGGGAUCCAAAAAGUGGAAAAAAAUUGGCAACAUUGCAUGCUCAUAAAAAUACUUGUAUGGAUUUAAAAUGGAAUAAACACAAUGGAAAUUGGUUGAUUAGUGCAUCACGUGAUCAUUUUUGUAAAUUAUUUGAUAUUCGAAAUUUAAAAGAAGAAGUACAAUGUUUUCGUGGUCAUAAAAAAGAAGCAUGCACCUUGAGUUGGCAUCCUGUUCAUGAACGUCUAUUUGCAAGUGGAGGAUCGGAUGGUUCUAUUUAUUUUUGGCUAAUUGGUACAGAAAAAGAGUUAGCUGGCAUGGAUGAUGCUCACGAAGGAAUGAUCUGGGAUAUGUCAUGGCAUCCACUAGGUCAUAUGCUUGUGUCCGGGUCGAAUGAUCAUACAACACGCUUUUGGACAAGAAAUCGUCCAGGGGACACUGUUUUAGAUAAAUCAGAAGAUGGAAUAAUAAGUGCAGUGAAAGCAGAAAACACUUUGCAUGACGACAACGAACGUUCGGAAGAAGUCAGUAUGCCCGGUCUUGGUCUUGACGGUGGCCUCCUUGAACAACUUCAAGAACAAGAUGAAGAAUCACGACGGCGGGAUUUAGGUAUUCCCGGACUUGAAUAUUAUGAUGAUGAUGAGUUUCGUCGCAGACGGGCUCCAUAUGCCAAACCAGUGCCAAAACCAUUUGAGAAAGCAUGGUGUUCAGUUGAACCAUACAACGAUAAUACUAAAACGGACAAUGAUGCCGAUGGGAAUAGCUCCUAUGAUUUUAAUGGUUUUGAUUAUCGUGAGCGACGAGGCCGUGAUGAAUAUUACGAACCACGUAAAAGACAACGACGUGGUGGUGGCUUAGAUUCAGAUGGAAAUAAUUUUGAUUCAUUAAAUGUUUUAAAUGAUGGGCAUUGGGCAACACCAUCUGAUCGUCGAACAACGUGGCGUGAUCGUAGUCAAUUAACAGCCGAAUCAUUAGAUGAAACAUUAGAAGCAGCUAAAAAAGGCAUAUCACCAUUUUUUCAAACAGCCACAGAUGAAGAGUUACGAGGUUUGAAUAGAACUUUGCGAGUAUUACAAGAAGAUAAAACACAGCAACAAACGCCAUCAACCCAACAGCAAACGAUUGGUGGUUCAUCGUUCAAUGAUGGACGUAAAAUGAGGCGUAAUAAUAACAGCAAUAACAACGAAGAUUGGUAA